CCUUUUGGCUCCCUGAGCAGCACAAUGGCGGUCGGCAAGAACAAGCGCCUUACGAAAGGCGGCAAAAAGGGAGCCAAGAAGAAAGUGGUUGAUCCAUUUUCUAAGAAAGAUUGGUAUGAUGUCAAAGCGCCAGCUAUGUUCAAUAUAAGAAAUAUUGGAAAAACACUAGUCACAAGAACUCAAGGAACCAAAAUCGCAUCUGAUGGCCUCAAGGGUCGUGUUUUUGAAGUGAGCCUGGCUGAUCUGCAGAAUGAUGAAGUUGCCUUUAGAAAAUUCAAGCUAAUUACUGAGGAUGUUCAGGGCAAAAACUGCCUGACCAAUUUCCAUGGCAUGGAUCUUACCCGUGACAAAAUGUGCUCCAUGGUCAAAAAAUGGCAGACCAUGAUUGAAGCUCAUGUUGAUGUCAAGACUACCGAUGGUUAUUUGCUUCGCCUGUUUUGUGUUGGUUUUACUAAAAAACGCAAUAAUCAGAUUCGGAAGACCUCUUACGCUCAGCACCAGCAGGUCCGCCAGAUUCGGAAAAAGAUGAUGGAGAUCAUGACCCGAGAGGUGCAGACAAAUGACUUGAAAGAAGUGGUCAAUAAAUUGAUUCCAGACAGCAUCGGAAAAGACAUAGAAAAAGCUUGUCAGUCUAUUUAUCCACUCCAUGAUGUCUUCGUUAGAAAAGUAAAAAUGCUGAAGAAGCCCAAGUUUGAAUUGGGAAAGCUCAUGGAGCUUCAUGGUGAAGGUAGUAGUUCUGGAAAAGCUACUGGGGAUGAGACCGGUGCUAAAGUUGAACGAGCUGAUGGAUAUGAGCCACCAGUCCAAGAAUCUGUUUAAAAAUCAGACAUUUAAUGGUG